AUGGAUACAAGGCCUAGAACUAGAGCUCGUCGGUCUUAUGCGGAUUUCGAACCUUCUUCGGAACUAGUAGAGGAAAAGGGUUCAGAGACUCUCCUCAUUGAACUUACAGGAUUUACUAAGGAACAAGCAAGGGUGCAACUCGAGCCGACAGGUAACCUAAAGGUAAGCGGAGAAAGACCACUUGGAGAUAACAAAUGGAGUCGUUUCGAGAAACAUUUUCAAGUUUCAUCAGAUUGCAACACAGAUGAAAUCUCUGCUACGUUUGAGGAUGGAGUUCUUUUCAUUAUUAUGCCCAAGUUUAUAAAUAACACUAAUCAAUCAUCUGGAAUGUACGAACCAAAUCAUGAUCGACCGAUAUCACAAGAAAAACAUUCAGCAGGGAUGGAAGUUGAUCAGAGAACUAGGCAACGUUCAUCAUUGAAGAAUCAAGAAGAGAAAAACAUGACAGGGCCGAAAUUCCCACAAAGAAAAGCAACAUUCUCAUCGACAUUAGAAACUCCACUGGGUCCAUUUGGAUACUCGAAACAGUCAAAGCUUGGUGAUGAAAAGAUAAAGCAUGGAUCAAAGUUGAAUACCAUAACUCGUCGUGCAGGUAGCUUGAUCCAAGACUGUAAGCAUACAUCUCUUGGGUCCAUGGUUGUGGUAGCCAUUCUAGUAGCAUUUGGGAUUUCUAUAAAAUAUGCACGCAGUUAG